AUGGGAGGGUCUGCACAGACUUCAGGGGCACCGAAAGGAGCCCCUUGCACGCAGGCCGCCCCUCAAGCCAUCGCAACGUCUGACGCCUGCACGCAACCUGGGACUUCGCCGACCCUUCCAAGCCCUGACUCUGGGACGUCUGAGGUUUCAGGGGUCCCUUCUAUGGAGCCGCGGCUACUGAUAAUAGCAGGACCCAGCGGUGUUGGCAAGGGGACGCUUGUCAGGCGGCUAAGGGCUAACUGGCCAAAUGCUUUCGGCUUCUCAGUCAGCCACACCACCCGCCAGCCAAGACCUGGAGAGCAAGAGGGCCGGGAGUAUUUUUUCAUUUCUCGCGAAGAGAUUGAAUCUCUGCGCGACAGAGGCGAUCUGCUAGAACACGCCGAAUUUUCGGGCAAUGUUUACGCGACUUCAGUGGCGGAGGUCCAGAGGAUAGCCUCCUUAGGCCAGAUCUGUCUAUUAGAGAUAGAUUUGGUGGGCGUCUCCAUCAUCAGGAGUCGACAUUUUAAAGGCGCCAGGUUUGUAUUUAUUGAGCCUCCCUCACUUGAGGAGCUCGAAAGGAGGCUGAGACAACGGAACACGGAAACGCCUGAAACGCUUCAGCGGCGGCUGGCGCAUGCGAGAGAUGAACUACAGACAGCUACGAAAAUGUCAUGGGACUUAAAACUUUUAAAUGAUUCCGAGGAAAAGGCCUGGAUGGAGCUGCGAGACGCAGUCAGCAAAUGGUUUGAUCUGCCUCUAGGCAGCGAGACGUAG